UCCGGUUAGGUGGGUGUGUGUGUGUUCUCGCGAGAAGAUCUAUCUGGUCUAUGUUUACAAGCAGUACUUAUUAACAGCAGUCUCCCCCUGUCGUCACUAGCUUCACGGUCAAGCCGAGAGGCUAGUGUUGUUUCUGCUUUUGCUGCUUCAGAGAGAGGGCAACAACGACAUUCCUUCUUUUGCAGCUGGGCCAGACGCUUCAUUUUACCGGGAGAAUUUUGCUAUCCUGACAUAAACCCCUACCACUUGUCGCAGCUCUGGAACCCGGCUGAACAAGGUCUGAAGCAAACACUGCCAUUCUUUCCCCGGUGUCUGGCGAGGGGACCACAUCCUUGCUUCAGCCAGAUCCACCAAGUUUUUUUUCCAACAUGCAGACCUCUGCUGUCUUCCUCUUAUCCUUAGUUUACCUUUUCCCCCUCCUCAUCCCUAGCUGUUACACUCAAAGUGAGGCAGACCUAGUUGUACAGACUCGUAGCGGUAGGGUCCGCGGCAUCCGACAGCAGGUGCCAGAUCGAAGCUUCGUUACUGCCUUCCUGGGCAUCCCUUUUGCUGAGCCACCAGUAGGGAAGAGGCGUUUCCGUCCAGCUGAAACUAAGCGUCCGUGGACAGGGGUAUAUGAUGCAAAAGCUUACCCCAAUGCCUGCUAUCAGUUUGUGGACACAUCGUUCCCGGGUUUCCAGGGGAGUGAGAUGUGGAACCCGAACCGAGAGAUGAGUGAAGAUUGUCUGUAUCUCAACAUCUGGGUGCCGUCUUCACCCAAGCCACACAAUCUCACCGUCAUGGUGUGGAUUUAUGGAGGAGGAUUCUAUAGCGGUUCUUCCUCACUUGAUGUGUACGAAGGGCGUUACCUAGCUCACAGUGAGACUGUCAUUGUGGUGUCCAUGAACUACCGAAUUGGUGCUUUUGGUUUCCUGGCUUUGCAUGGCUCAUCUGAGGCUCCUGGCAAUGUGGGCCUGCUGGACCAAAGAAUGGCACUGCAGUGGGUACAAGACAACAUCGUUUUCUUUGGUGGAAACCCAAAACAGGUUAGUCUCUAUUACUUUUUUUUUUUUUUUUUUUUUUUGUCAGGAAUUUACUUUAAUAUAGUUGUAGUUUUGAUGACACAGUCUGAUGGUUUCUAUACUUCCUGUGGACAGGUUCUACCGUGGUCGGCCCUUUUCCGAUUUUCAUUUGUUCCCGUCGUGGACGAGGACGUCCUGCCUGAUAGCCCAGAGGCGAUGCUCAGCUCAGGCAACUUCAAAGACACUCAGAUUCUACUUGGAGUCAACCAGGAUGAGGGCACCUAUUUCCUGCUGUAUGGCGCACCAGGUUUCAGCAAAGAUAAUGAAAGUCUCAUAUCCAGAGAGGACUUUUUAGAAGGUGUCAAGCUCAGUGUUCCACAUGCUAAUGAUAUUGGUCUUGAAGCAGUGGUGCUACAGUACACCGACUGGAUGGAUGAAAACAACGGUAUUAAGAACCGGGAUGCCAUGGAUGACGUUGUGGGCGACCACAAUGUCAUUUGCCCGCUCACUCACUUUGCCCGCAGUUAUGCCCAGCAUAAUGCACUGAAAGCUAACGUUGGUGGACUAGGCUCAGGACUGGUGAACAGCGGGGGAAACUCACAAGGAGGGGUCUACCUCUAUCUGUUUGACCAUCGUGCAUCAAACCUGGCAUGGCCAGAGUGGAUGGGGGUGAUCCAUGGCUAUGAAAUCGAGUUUGUCUUUGGCCUGCCACUGGAGAAGAGACUAAACUACACCAUGGAGGAGGAGAAGCUCAGUCGACGCAUGAUGAAGUAUUGGGCCAACUUUGCCCGAACUGGGAAUCCAAAUUUUAACCACGAAAGCAUGGUGGACAGCAGGAAGCGCUGGCCUGUGUUCACAGUCAGCGAGCAGAAGCAUGUUGUACUUAAUACAGAGCCCAUCAAGAUACAUAAGGGUAUGAGGAACCAGAUGUGUGCCUUCUGGAACCGCUUCCUCCCCCGCCUCCUCAACAUUACUGACAAUAUAGAUGAAGCCGAACGCCAGUGGAAAGUGGAAUUCCACCGUUGGUCCUCCUACAUGAUGCACUGGAAGAGUCAGUUUGACCACUACAGCAAACAGGAGCGGUGCACUGACCUCUGAGAGCAGAGGGAGAGGUACCUUGGAGUAAUCAUCCCUCACUCCCGAGACCGUGUCUCUCUCUCUCUCUCUCUCUCUCUCUCUCUCUCUCUCUCUUGAUUGAUCAUGUUUUACUUCGAAAGUGUUUUGUUUUAUUUUAGAAUACGAUAGGAAUUGCAUUGAACUCUAUUUAUAUUAUUUAUACUAUUUAUAUAAUGUAUGUGUUUCUCUGAAUACGUGUGUCUCAAGGAGCUGUGGAGGAAAACCAGUUUUCUGCAUGAACGAUUAAUAGGAAUGAUAAAGAUGUGUCAAUACCUCGCAUUUGUGUGGCUGUGUGUGAGUGUGUGUGAGUGAGUGUUGGGCUGUCUCAUCUGAGCAUCUCAUUACUGCUGCUGUACUGUCGUGUGCUGUAACCUCAUUAAGUCAGGGUUGUUUUUUUUUUUUUUUUAGAGGAGUCCAGCUUCUCAGUAGCAGUUCUUGUUUUUGGUCUCACCUCUCUCUCUCCGCCAUCAAUUCUGCUUCCCAUAAUAAUCCAUCAGUGCUUUUCUCAAGUAUUAAUAACGAACCAAAGCUACCGUCUGUCACACCGGAGUCUUCUGUCUGCCUCACGGUACAUAACACGGACAGCAAGAAGGACUAAUACCUCACAGUCUUCAGUGUAGUGAUGAUAUAGGUAACCCCCGUAUAUUUAUGUAUGUAUGUAUGUAUGUAUGUAUGUAUAUUACGUCAUUAACUAGCAGCUUGGUGUCGCGUGAAGUCGUUGCCACACGGGUCUCGUAUUGGUCAGUACAAGGUAAUAGUUAAUGCUCGACAUGACAGUGCUCAUUUGAAAAUCAAAAUUCCCUCAGUCCAAGGUUACUCUAAGCCCCUGAGCAAGACCCCUAACCCUUUGUUGCUCCUGGCAACUGUAAGAACUGGCCGACAUGUUCAUAUGUUUAUACAGGUAGGUUAGGUAAACUUGAAGGCUAAAGGGCAAGGCUGCUUCAAAAAACCUUUUUUUUUUUUUUUUUUACAGUAUUGUAUGAAUGUUAUUGGUGGCUCCCUGUAACACUACUUCUCAAAUAGUGGGGCGGGGCCCCCCUGGGGGAGCACUAUGAGGUGCCAGGGGGGGCGUGAGGGGCUUUCAAUGGAAUAUGGCUUGCUUGACAUGGUUAUGCUUGAAUGAGAACAGACCUCCAGUCACUAGGUGGCAGCAACUCGUUCAGUGUUUUGUGCAGAUAAAAAUAUAUACAUGUUAUCAGGUUGUCAAUAGUAUUUCAAUUUGCUGGGGGA